AUGCCUCCUGCAACCUCCUCCUCCUCCUCCUCCUCCUCACCAAAACCUAUCUUUGGUGUCGAAAUCGAGAUAUUCGUCAAGGUUAAAAAGGCCGUCCAAAGAGAUGUUGAGGCAUACCGAAGCAGCCUACCCGCUCACUGGCGACAGUGGGACUUCGAUCUCUCCAAUCGCAGUUCAAGUCUAACCAGGGUGGGAGCUCAGCGCGUUCUGAAAGAGUCGCAGCUGUCGGUAGCCCCCGAAGCUGACCUCUGGUGGGGUGUCGAAAUCAUCUCGCCGCCCAUGUCGGUGGCUAGGAGAUGGCAGAGCGAGAUCCGCGAGGUCUUUGACGCCGUCGGCGAGCAGUUCGAGCUGUGGACGCACCCCGUCACUUCGUGCCACGUCCACGUCUCUCCCGGGCCUAAGUCUAACGACAAGUAUACGAACAACCAGCUCGUUAGGAUCGCAAAGGGCGCUUUCUACUGGGAGAAGGCUCUCAAGGAGAUUCUGCCCCACGACCGUAGGGACAACCCCUAUGCCAAACCCAACCACAGGGCCUUUGGUACCUCGCUCUACAGGGACAUCGAUCGCGACAGCUGGAGGCCCCUCUUCGGCGCCAUCGACCACGAGAUGGACAGGUUUGACAACCACCCCAUGGGUCAGAAGAAGUGCUUCGCCAUCAAGAUCGCCGGCGGGCACCUGAGCGACCCCAACGACAAGUACCGCAAAGAACGCUACCUCUCGCAGAACUUCCUCCCGCUCACCCGCAUCGGCACGGUCGAGCUGCGCCGGCAGGGCGGCGUGGCCUCGGCGCAGUCGACCAUCCACCGCGUGCUCCUCGCCGUGACCCUGCACGUCAGCGCGCGCCGCUACGACUUCACGGGCAACGCCGGCCGCAGGACCUACCCGACCUCCAAGGAGCUGAUCGACGAGCUCUCGGACCGCAUCGCCAGCCUCCCGCGCACCUGCCACGGCACCCGCUUCGUCCACUACCUCAAGCAGUGCGUCGCCAAGUACGGCGGCGGGCCCCUGACGGAGCGCGACAUCAACAGCUACGAGCGCAAGCUCCACGAGGGCUCGGGCUCCUCCGUCGCCCCCACGCGGAGAGCCACCACCGCCUCGUCUAGCGGGCGCGGCCGUGGCGGCGGCAGUGGCCGUGGCGGAGGUACUAGCGGCCGUGGGGGAGGUACUAGCGGCCGCGGAGGGGGCGGCACUAGUGGCCGUGGAGGCGGCGGCACCAGCCGUGGCGGAGGCAGCGGUGGUGGCAGUGGUCGUGGCGGCGGCAGCGGCGGUGGUAGCCGUGGAGGCGGCGGUCGUAGCGGCGGCGGCAGUCGCGGCGGCACGACGAUGGUGCGAAACAGGGAUGGGAGACUGGUCGAGGUCGUCGACGUCACCCCCUACGGUCGAUGA